AGUAAAAAUAAAAAUAAGGUGCGUGGUUGCGGUGACCGAUGAGGCAACAACAUUGAGGAAAAGCACUCGUAAACAGAAUCUCCUCUUCUUCUUCUUCUUCGACUUUUCUUUCCUUCUUUCACCAAAUCAAAAUCAAAAUCCCAAAUUCCAUUAUUUCAUCAUAUCUUCAAAUCAAGAUCAAAUUUUUAAAAAUAAAAAUAAAAAAUCAUGUGGGUGUUCUAUUUGAUAUCGCUACCAUUAACAAUGGGUAUGGUGAUCUUCACUUUAAAAUACUUUGCAGGACCAGAUGUCCCACGUUACAUCUUGUUCACCGUAGGUUACACAUGGUUUUGUUCUCUUUCUUUUAUCAUCCUCGUACCUGCCGACAUUUGGACUGCUAUGAUAAAUCAUGAUAAUGGAGGGAUAUCUUUCUUUUGGAGCUGGUCGUAUUGGAGUACUUUUUUACUUACUUGGGCCGUGGUGCCUAUCCUUCAGGGUUAUGAAGAUGCUGGGGAUUUCACUGUCAAAGAAAGAUUAAAGACUAGUGUACAUGUGAAUUUAGUGUUUUACUUGAUUGUCGGUGCUGUAGCGCUUUUUGGACUUAUACUGCUUAUUCUUAUGCAUAGAAACUGGGGUGGAAGUUUGAUUGGUUUUGCUAUGGCAUGUUCAAAUACAUAUGGACUUCUCACUGGUGUAUUUCUUCUUGGAUUUGGCUUAAGUGAAAUUCCAAAAGGUAUAUGGGUAAAUGCUGAUUAUACCACUCGCCAAAAGGUUCUUUCUCAUAAAGUUGCUAGGAUGGCUGUAAAACUUGACGAUGCUCAUCAAGAUCUUUCAAAUGCUAUUGUUGUUGCUCAAGCAACAUCGAAGCAGAUGUCAAAGCGUGAUCCCUUAAGACCUUACAUGAAUAUUAUUGAUAAAAUGCUGACACAAAUGCUUACUGAAGAUCCUUCUUUUAAACCGCAAGGCGGAAGGUUAGGGGAGAAUGACAUGGAUUAUGACACGGAUGAAAAAUCUAUGGCAACACUAAGACGCCAGCUUAGAAUAGCACGGGGCGAGUAUUAUCGUUAUAAAAGUGAAUAUAUGAAUUUUGUGACGGAAGCUCUUGAGUUGGAAGACACUAUAAAGAAUUAUGAGCUCCGUUCUUCUACCGGAUGGAAAUAUGUUUCAAGCUUUAGGCCGGAGCGACCUGGGAAGUUAGGGUCUUGUCUCGAUACUAUUGAGUUGGUAUGGCGGUGUAUAUUGAGCAAGCAACUCAAAAAGUUUUCAGCUAUCAUGUUGGGUUGUUUGACGGCUGCAAUUCUUCUAGCAGAAGCCACUAUACUGCCUAAUGGAGUUGAUUUUUCUCUUUUCUCCAUUCUAAUCAAUGCUAUUGCGACAAAUGAAGUGCUUGUGCAGGUUGUCGGUUUUAUUCCUCUGAUCUAUAUGUGUGUAUGCACAUACUAUUCUUUGUUUAAAAUUGGAAUGUUAACUUUCUACUCAUUUACUCCAAGUCAAACGAAUUCAGUCAGCCUGCUGAUGAUAUGCUCACAGGUGGCACGGUAUGCACCUCCAAUCUCAUACAAUUUUCUAAAUCUAAUUCAUCUUCCACAAAAUGCGACGACUAUCUUUGAACGGAGAAUGGGGAAAAUCGAUGAUGCCGUCCCUUUCUUUGGGGAUGGUUUCAAUAAGAUCUAUCCACUUAUUAUGGUUGUAUAUACCAUAUUGAUAGCAAGUAAUUUUUUUGACCGAGUAAUGAGUUAUUUUGGGAACUGGAAUAUAUUCCGGUUGAGAAAUAAUGAAGCUGAUGACCUUGAUGGAUUUGAUCCUUCAGGAUUAAUGAUCCUUCAGAAAGAACGCUCUUCACUUGAGAAAGGACAUAAGGUUGGGGAACUUGUUAUUCCCCUUGCUCGAUAUUUCAAUGGUGCAAGUGUUGAUAUCGAAUCUGGAAAUGAUAGCGUGGUUGUCAAUUCAAGGCCGACAACUUUAGUUGACAAUGGUAAUAGGUAUUCAGAAAUACCUAGAACAGAGGUUCGUGAUAGCAGCAACAAAGAAACCAUAGCCAGAAAAUACGAAGCGUUAAGGUCAAAGCAGUCCACAAAAACCGACACCAAGUCAAAUAUGGGCACCUCCACUUCCUCUUCACUCGAUAUAGACAAUAAUCAGAAUAUGGGAAGUGGACAAUCAUCCAAGAUAGCCUCAACUUGGACAUCUAUGAAGUCAAACUUUCAAAACUUCAAAUCUAACAUGGAGGCUAGGCGAUUCAUACCGUUAAAACAGUUUCAAGAUACUCAAGUAUCUCAAAGCACUUCUUCUGAAUCACUCGAUGACAUUUUUGAGAGGUUAAAACGCCCCUCACAAGACCACGAUACCUUAUAAAUUUUGUUUGUUAGCACCUUCAACAGAAACAUUCUUUCAGCAGUGGUUUGUGAUGUUAAUAUGACCCUGCAGCAACAUAUAUGAUCAGAGUAGCCUAGAGGGAGAAAAUGCGAAUGGUUUCAAUCUCCCAUGUUGUAUUAUACAUAUAUCAAAAAGAUGGAAGUUAUCACCAUAACUGGAGAUUACAUGAUGUUAGUAAAAAAACAGUGAAUGCACAUUUAUAGAGCUAUAUAAUAUGACAGCAGUUUACGGUUUA